AUGAUCUUUGCCGAGUAUCUGCUUUUAUCUUCCUUAGUGCUAGGAGUGCAGUUAUUUCUGCACCAGACUCAGCGGAUCCAGUUUGUUGAAGUUAGUGACACCGCAAAGAUCCACUGUUCUUCCACAGAAAACUUGGAAGGAGGCAGUAGCAUGUUUUGGUAUUUGAGAAGAGAAGGUGAGAAACCCACCUGCAUUAAGAGCUGUUUGGAUGAUCAAAAUGUAAGUAAAUUUACUUGCAAGCACGAGACACACAGCUCGACCCUGGAAAUCAGCAACGUCCAAAAGACUGACUCUGGCAUUUACUACUGUGCAUUUGAAUACAGCAGCUACCUGAUUUUUGGAAAUGGAACCACACUCAUUGUUGGAGACAGUUAUACCAGCAGCAGCUGGGUGAUGCUUCUGGUCCCAUUUCCACAUGGCAGUCAAGUCACUGGGACAGCGAAUCUGGCCUGUGUGAUCCAUGGAGUGUCCGGCCCAGUCCACGUUUCCUGGAGUGUUUCUGGGGAGCUGCAGGAACAGGGGCUGAUGCGCUCAUUGAAAGCAAAGGAUGGAUCUUUAACGCUCAUAAAUCACAUCAGCGUCCCCAUGGACACCUGGACCAGUGGGAAGAAUUUCACCUGUGAAGUCAAAUUCAACUCUUCUGGCAGCAGUGUGAAGAAAAGUACCAGGUAUCCUGCAGCCCCUACCAGUGAGUGCUCACAUUACAUGGUGCCCCUUGCGGCUGGAGCUGGGCUGCUGCUGCUGGUGGUGUCUCUGAGCCUCAUCUGGACCCUCUGCCCUUCCACACUAGGAUUCAAGCCCAGGAUCUCAGCACCCGCAGCUUCCGAGGAGCACCAGGGUGGAAUCUUAUACGCUCAUCUGGAUUUUGAUUCGCGGAAUCGCAACGGGCGCACGAUGCAGCGAUCGGCCAGAGGGAAACGUGUAAAACCCUGAACUGUCUAGUGCAGGGGAAUCCACACGUGGAAACUGAUGUGUGUCAGACGUAGCAUCUGGAAGAAGGCUCUGUCUGUCUCCGUCUCCUUUCUUUUUUAUUUUCUCCCCUUGCCUGUUUAGAAUAAAGAGGUCAGAAGAU